UAUUUCCAAGGGUGUGUUCUCUGGAGCACAUGACCUUACGCAAUCCUGUCUCUCAACCGAGGGCCUAACUCAACCACUCCCUAGUUCUCAAGACCUUGAGCAAGCCACUGGCUUCCUGGACACAUCCAUAAAGGGAGACCACCACACCCACCUUAAUGGUGCUUACGUUUUCAACCCAGAAGUCCUAAAAGUUGCUCAAUAACAGCUUCCUCUUUGCUGAAGCCUCUCCUCACUCUCCAAGACACUCCUCAUCAGAGUACGAAGGCUGUUGGGUAUAAGGAGGAAGCAAACAAUUAAAUGGGAAGCCUGCUGUGCUUACUCCAUCAUCCUCAUGGCGCUGCUGUGGUGUACCGAGGCCCUGCCCUUGGCUGUCACUGCCCUCUUCCCCAUCGUCCUCUUCCCUUUGAUGGGUAUCAUGGAAGCCUCCGAGGUCUGCUUAGAGUACUUCAAGGACACCAACAUAUUGUUCAUCGGGGGGCUGAUGGUGGCCAUCGCGGUGGAGCACUGGAACCUGCACAAGCGCAUUGCCCUUGGAGUGCUCCUUAUCAUAGGAGUGCGGCCCGCCCUGCUGCUUCUGGGCUUCAUGUUGGUCACAGCCUUCCUCUCCAUGUGGAUCAGCAACACUGCCACCACAGCCAUGAUGCUGCCCAUCGGGUAUGCGGUCCUGGAGCAGCUGCAGGGCUCACAAAAGGACGAGGAGGAAGGCAACAUUAACCCUUCCUUUGAGCUCCAGGAAGCAAGUCCCCAGAAGGAGGUGACCAAGCUUGAUAACGGACAGGCUGUAUCUGCUUCUUCGGAGUCAAGAGCGCAGAAGACCAAAGAGCAUCAUCGCUUCAGCCAGGGCCUGAGUCUCUGCAUCUGCUACUCAGCCAGCAUUGGGGGCAUUGCCACCCUGACUGGUACCACGCCCAACCUGGUGCUCCAAGGCCAGGUCAACUCGAUCUUCCCCGAAAAUAGUAACGUGGUGAACUUUGCUUCGUGGUUUGGUUUUGCCUUCCCCACCAUGGUCAUCUUGCUGCUACUGGCUUGGUUAUGGCUACAGGUCCUCUUCCUGGGUGUCAACUUCCGGAAGAACUUUGGCUUCGGGGAAGGGGAAGAAGAACGAAAGCAGGCUGCCUUCCAGGUCAUCAAGACCCAGCACAGGCUGCUGGGCCCCAUGAGUUUUGCAGAGAAGGCUGUCACUGUCCUGUUUGUCCUGCUAGUGGUGCUCUGGUUCACGAGAGAGCCGGGCUUCUUCCCAGGCUGGGGUGACACAGUUUUCGCCAAUAAAAAUGGGCAAAGCAUGGCAUCAGAUGGGACCGUGGCCAUCUUUAUCAGCCUGAUUAUGUUCAUAAUACCCUCCAAGAUUCCAGGACUAACCCAGGACCCAAAAAAACCAGGGAAGCUGAAGGCUCCUCCCGCCAUCCUCACCUGGAAGACAGUGAACGAUAAGAUGCCCUGGAAUAUCCUGAUCUUGCUGGGUGGGGGCUUUGCCCUGGCCAAAGGCAGUGAGGAAUCAGGUUUGUCUAAGUGGCUGGGAGACAAGCUGACCCCGCUGCAGAACAUACCACCAUCAGCCACGGUACUCAUCCUUUCUCUGUUGGUGGCCAUCUUCACCGAGUGCACCAGCAACGUGGCCACCACUACGCUGUUUCUGCCCAUCCUGGCCUCCAUGGCACAAGCCAUCUGCCUUCACCCGCUCUAUGUCAUGCUCCCCUGCACCCUGGCUGCCUCCCUGGCGUUCAUGCUACCCGUGGCCACUCCACCCAACGCCAUUGUCUUCUCCUUUGGAGGCCUCAAAGUGACUGAUAUGGCCCGUGCGGGAUUCCUGCUCAAUAUCAUCGGAGUGCUGACUAUCACAUUAUCCAUAAACAGCUGGAGUGUCCCUAUCUUCAAGCUGGACACAUUCCCCUCCUGGGCCUACUCCAACACAAGCCAAUGCCAUCUCAGCCCGCCUAAUUCCACUGUACCAGGCCACUAGACUAUGGUACAACCUAGCUCGUUCUGCUCGGGGAAAGCCGCCGGUGCCACUCCUCACAGCCAGGAGAGGACGCUCCAAACGCCAAGUCCCGGGACAGAGGUGCAGAAUCGGCCGGCGCAUGCGCAAUCGUGUAUUCGUGUGUUUGCCUAGAUCCUGUGUGUGUUCUGUCCGGUGAAGAGGAAGAUGCUCGUGUCUCCGUGUGGUGUGCGUGGACGCUUGCGUAUGGUGUGGCCUGAGGGCUCCUCAAUAGUUGUAUGCAUGGCAACAGCGCCCGCCCUCUGUCUCCCAGCUAGGCCUCCAGAUCUCUUUGCACUGUAUUUAUUGAAACUCUGGGCUGGAGGCGCCUGGGAGCAGGAACUCCAAGGUUCAUUAAAGGCUUUUUCAGUAGAGUCCCGGUGUGUUUCCCGGUGUUCAGGGCCUGGAAGCAGAGGUCGCGCACCCCU